AUGGACGCCGGCAGGGAUUGGAAGAAGAAGAACGGCGCGGCGGGGGCGGCGUUUGAGCAGAGUCUGAGAGAAGCUCGAGAGAGGCGAGAGGCUGAGAUGGAGCCAGAGACGGCGGAGCUUGCGGCCUACAGACUGGCGCGGCGGAGGGAGUUUGAGGAGAGGGCCCGCCGCCGACCAUUCAGUAUCCGAGGGUGGUUGGAGUAUGCGCGGUGGGAAGAGUCGCAGAAUGAUUACGAUCGUGCAAGGAACGUGUGGGCACGAGCCUUUGAAGUCAGUAUGAGUAUGAUGGACCAUACGGUCUGGAUCGAGUAUGCAGAAUUUGAGAUGAAGAACAUAUCUGUGGACAGCGGGAGACUAGCUUGGCUUCAAGCCGUCAGUUGUGUCCCCGACGUGGACGAGCUCUGGCACAAGUCCAUCGAGAUGGAGGAGAAGCUUGGGAAUAUCGCCGGAGCUAGAAAGGUAUUGGACCGGUGGAUCAACAGGUUGCCGCGUGCGGGUGAACAAGCGUGGCUCUCGUAUAUCGAAUUCGAGCUCAGGUAUAACGAAAUCGAGCGCGCGAGAUCCAUGUACAACGCAUUUGUGUUUCACCAUCCAAAAGCUUCUGCCUUUAUCCGAUAUGCUUGCUUCGAGAUGAAGUGUGGUGAGGUUGAGCGUGCCAGGAAUGUGUACCAACGCGCCACCGAGAAGUUGGCAUUGGUGGCAAACUCUGCACUCGCAUCAGAGGCUGCUAAAGAGGAUGCUGCGUUGCUCUCUCUCGCCUUUGCUGAAUUCGAACAUCGGGCUACCUGCAUCCACGACUUUGCCAAUCUACAAGUUUGCGAAUGA